UCAUGGUAACCAAUGUAAACACCGGCUGCCCUGUCUCUCCCUCCUCCUCCUCGGCUCUUCUCUGCAGCGGCACUAAAGCGGCCGAAAAUGGCAGACUUGGCCCGCAGCGAGGACCAAUAUUAUGAAAAGAUAACCUCGAUUCAAGAAAGCAUGUACAAAAGGGAGAAACGGAGGAUGGAGCUGGAGAGGGAGCUGUUUGCUUACUCCAGAUCCGAUAGAAGAAUCUCACAGAUAAAGUGUUCCAAACUGCACAGUUAUCUCAAGGAAAUCUGUGACAGGGAAGCACGAGCGAAAAUGAGAAACCUUGAGCUUCUGAGAGAUGUGGAGUGCAUAGAAAUUAGCAUGAAGGAAUAUAGUCCUGACCAUGGCCCCCUGCAACAACAAAAGGCUGACUUUUCGAAAAAGAUUUCCAGAUUUAUGGAAGUGAAUAAGAAAAUGGAGCAGGUGCACAAAGCAGCAAAGGUUGAAGCUGUGCAUCGACGGUACCAGAACACCUCCCUUACUCAUCCCGCUAAGGAUUGUACACAACCACCAGAGGAAAUUUGUAUGGUCCACCAGACCUCCAGAGGGUCUGACGCUGAAGCUGGCACCACAAGUGUACACUCACACCAAGCAUUGCAUCGUUCACCCAAUCGCAGCAUGCACUCCCGCGAACGCCUACCAAGUGGCCUUUUGAAGGACUUCAGAGUUGGCGGAGAGCAUGCCGCCAGCAACCGAGCACAUUUAUCAGAUGACAUUUCAGACUCAAACGAUUCCCCCGACGGCUGUAAUUUGAGUGACAAACAUGAAAGAACGAAGGGGCUGCUCCCAUCUGUUAGUGCCUUAACAGGCGCAGCUGGCAAUGUGGCUUUUGGAGGUGAUGAUGAACAAGAAGCUUCACCUCUGGUGACCUUGACGGGCCCCGAGAAGAAUCCAUCUCCUAGCAGCGGUAGUCCCAUGAGGGCUAAGAAUUCCCUUGCAGAACACACUGACUCCCAAGAGGUGGCUCAUGAGCCACACAAAAUGGAAGAUGAAGAGAGAGGUCUUGGCCAUUUGAAGCCUGAAACUACUUUUGGAAAAGAAGCUCAAGAGACUCCAGGAAAAUCUGAGAGUAUCAGCACGCAAAGUUCUGAUGUUCAGUUGUCAGAGAGCAGUGUUAGUGACCUGACAAUUUCUCUGACACAAUCUGAGCUGGAGGAGGAUCCACCAGAGGGUGUGGCACUUGACAGGAAUGGCUCUUAUGGAGAGAGUGAUGAUCCCAAUCAGCACAGUCCUCAAUCAUCCAUCCACUCUGAUGGAUCCAAGAACACACCCCAGAUAAACAGCGAGACCUCAGCACCAGUUGUGACCUUGAAAAGUCUCUCACAGGAAGGGCUCUUUAAUCUGCUAGACAGCAUCGAAGGACGACUCCACAGUCAACAGACCAGUGUGUAUGGCAGUUCUUCAUUUGCGGCAAGACAACUCAAUAGAAUUAUCAGCCUUUGUGACGAUGGAGCGGGCUUGAAUGACGAGGACCUUGAAGCGUGUGGAGCAGUCGUCCUUCAUGAGCUUCAGAGGUUGUCAUGGAGCACAGAAAAGGGCUGCCUGCUACCACAGGAUCUAGUGAGUGCUCAUCAGUCCAGCACUGAGCCUAAUGAAAUAAGCACCAGCCUCCCUCCUAAUGCUGCUCGGCUGUGGGAUCGCUGGUUCAAGCACGCCCUUGUGCUCAAGGAGCGACGUGUCCUCAGCACUGAGCGCUUGGUCCAACUGUUCACGCCGCUGCUACUGGAGCGUCAUGCCACCUACAGCCACCAGGCCAAAGUGUUGCUGAGGACACUUCUGUCCCGGUCCAGUGAGGAGUGCCCCUCAGCAGAGGACGAGAGUGACUUAUCUUCUUUGUGUGGUCCUUCUUCUCUCCUGGCUGACGGAGAUGUGAAGCCUGCCAGGCCGGUACAGAAGCACCAGAUGCAAGAACUACAAAGUACUGAAGAGGACAGCCGGGACGAAAGCCCUGUGGAAAGUGGUCCUAUUAGAGAAACAAAAGCAUAUCAGUUACUUAAACAAUCAGCCAUGCAGGAAAGGCUGCAGAGUUCUGAAGAGGAGGAGGAGGAGGAGGAGGAGGAUGGCCUCUCAGGAAUAAAUCAUGGCCAUGAAGAGGACCUGGGGAGGGCCAAACGCUCCUCACAUCAAGACCCUUACCCUCGGAGAGAGAAGACUAAAUCAAAGCUCCAUUCUGUUCUGCAGUCAAAAGCUUUCUGGGAGGAAUCAGAUGACAGCAACUCAGACAUUGAAGCAGCCUUACGUCCUCGACCUUUCAACACAAACAGCGAAGACACUGAUGACUUCUACGACUGACGUUUCCACUGAGAUAUUUUUUGAAAUGCACUACAUUAUAUCACUGCUAGAUCUGAGGCAGUUUGACUCAUGGUAAUUCACCCCUGACCAUUAUUUUAGUGGUCUGCAUUGUAAAUCAUAUGCACACUGUAUCGUAAAAACAAAUAAUAAAGUUGACAGCUCUCACGCUGGGUAAAGUAUGUGAAGAGUUGUCCAACACACUGAUGUUAA